CCCGCACCCCCGCCGCCUCCCAUCUGCCCCGUGGGCUGCUUAUCGGGUAACCGGAGCCGGCAGCUGCGUCCACGCCUGAAACAGGAAGCCCGGGCCUGUGCGAGAGCCCCGAGAGCCCGCCGGGUGGCCGGGCCGGAGGAUGGAGGAGCAGCGGGCGCUCGCGGCCGCCAAGGACGGGGACCUGGCCACCCUGGAGCAGCUGCUGGAGGCCGGCGCCCUGGGCCCUGGCAUCGUGGACGCCGUGGGGGCCGGCCUGGUGCACCACGCCACCCGGGCCGGCCGCCUGGCCUGCGUCAAGUUCCUGGUGCAGCGGGCCCAGCUGCCCGGCAACCAGCGGGCCCACAACGGGGCCACCCCGGUGCACGACGCCGCGGCCACCGGCAGCCUGGCCGAGCUGUGCUGGCUGGUGCGCGAGGGGGGCUGCGGUCUGCAGGACCAGGACGCCUCGGGCGUCUCCCCGCUGCACCUGGCCGCCCGCUUCGCCCACCCGGCGCUGGUGGAGUGGCUGCUCCGGGAGGGCCACGCGGCCACGCUGGAGACGCUGGAGGGGGCCUUGCCACUGCACCACGCCGCCGUCAGCGGGGACCUGACCUGCCUGAAGCUCCUGACGGCCGCCCACAGCAGCAGCGUGAACCGGCGGACACGCAGCGGCGCCUCCCCGCUCUACCUGGCCUGCCAGGAGGGCCACCUGCACCUGGCGCAGUUCCUGGUGAAGGACUGCGGGGCCGACGUGCACCUGCGCGCCCUGGACGGCAUGAGCGCACUGCACGCCGCCGCCGCCCGCGGCCACUACUCCCUCGUCGUCUGGCUGGUCACCUUCACGGACAUCGGCCUGACGGCGCGGGACAACGAGGGGGCCACGGCCCUCCACUUCGCAGCGCGCGGCGGCCACACGCCCAUCCUGGACCGGCUGCUGCUGAUGGGGGCCCCGGUCACGAGGGACUCCUGGGGCGGGACGCCCCUGCACGACGCCGCAGAGAACGGGCAGAUGGAGUGCUGCCAGACCCUCGUCUCCCACCACGUGGACCCCUCCCUGAGGGACGAGGACGGCUACACGGCGGCAGACCUGGCCGAGUACCAUGGGCACCCGGACUGCGCCCAGUACCUGCGGGAGGCAGCCAAGCCGGUGCCGCUCCUGAUGGCGCCCCCACCCCCACCGUUUCCCCCGCCUCCUCUGUCGGCUGCCAGGCGCUCCCCGGAGGACGGGAAACGGGGCUCAGGUCUCGGAAGCCCCAAUUCAGCAGCGUCUCUCGGCCCCGCCUGGCCUGGCCAGCUGGACCAGCCCCUCCGGAGGGAGAUGAGCCUCGCAGUCCCCCUGGUGGCCCCCUCCACCAGCACGAUGGCCGUCCCCGCGGGGGCAGAGGCGGCAACGGGGAAUGCCCCGGAGGGGCUGGCCGCACUGCAGCUGGACGGGCUGCCCUCCGGUGACCUGGACGGGCUGGUGCCCACGCGGGACGAGCGCGGCCGGCCCAUCCCCGAGUGGAAGCGGCAAGUGAUGGUGCGGAAGCUGCAGGCGCGCCUGGGCUCAGAGCCGGUGGAGGAUGCUCAGGACGACAGGGGCAGCGCGGGCCGCGUGGAGCCGGCCGCCUGGCGGUACUCGCAGACCCACCAGGCCAUCCUGGGCCCCUUCGGGGAGCUGCUGACGGAGGACGACCUGGUGCACCUGGAGAGGCAGAUCGCGGAGCUGCAGCUGCGGCGGCGCUGCCAGGAGUACGAGAGCCAGCUGGGCCGGCUGGCGGCCGAGCUGCAGGCCCUGCUGCCCCAGCCCCUGGUCAGCAUCACCGUCAACAGCCACCUCCUGCCCCGGGCGCCCGAGCUGCAGGGCGCGGAGGCCCCCGGCCCGGGGCCCGAGCCCGACAGCCCCGAGGGGGCCGCGGAGGCCGCGCCCCGCGGGCAGCCCCUGCCCCUCUGGUGCAGCCACGUGGCCCGGCUGGUGCGGAGCAUGUCGCUGCUGCUGAAGGGCAUGAACGGGCUGGUGCAGGGCGAGGGGAAGCCGGCCGCCCAGCCCCCGCCGGAGGCCCCGGCCGGGGCCCCGCAGAGCGAGGCCCAGCGUGAGAUCCAGGAGUGCGGGGUGUCCGUGCGGACGCUGCGUGGCAACUUCGAGGCAGCCCCUGGCCUGCCCUGCGCCCCAACCCUGGGGCCCUGCGAGGCGGGAGCCCAGCCCGGGCAGUGCCCGCGAGGCUGCUGGCCGGGCCCCCCGCAGCCCCGGGGCGGGGGCCUCCUCGGAGGGGAGCCCGGGCCAGGCGACACGGAGGAGGCCAGCGACUCGGGCAUCAGCUGUGAGGAGGCCCUGUCGGAGGCGGGCGCCGGGCACAGCCCCGACCUGGCCAGCCUGCGGAAGGAGCGCAUCGUCAUGCUCUUCCUCGGCCACUGGAAGAAGUCCACCUAUACGCCCGCCCUCAAGACGGCCGCCUGCAGGACCCUGGAGGCCCGCCGUGUGGGGCCGCGGGCCCAGGAGGCGGCCAGGGCUCCGGGGCCGCCCUCCCCGCUGCCCGGCGAGGGCCCCCGGCUCGGCCACCUGUGGCAGCAGCGCAGCAUCAUCGCGCACCUGCUGGGCACCUGGAAGGCCGUGCUGGCGCACGUGCCGGCCCGGCAGCUGCGGCGGCUGAGCCGGCGGCCCCGCGGCCUGCUGUCGCCCGAGCAGUUCCUGCCCCACGUGGACGGGGCGCCGGUGCCCUACGGCGGCCUCACGCUGGACCUCUUCAUGCUGGGCUACUUCCAGCUCCUGGAGUGCGACCUGCCGGCCGAGGAGCGGAAGGCGCGCCACCUGCUCUGCUUCGAGGUCUUCGAGCACCUGGGCGCCCAUGGCUGGGAGGCCGUGCGGGCCUUCCACAGGGCCGUGACCGACGAGGUGGCCGCGGGCCGCCGCGCCUGGGCCGAUGGCUUCGAUGACAUCAAAGCCCGCUUCUUCGGCCCCCGCCGCGGCCCCCCCUGGGACUCGGAGCCCGGCCGCACGUCGGGCCUGACCCCGCUCAGGCCCCCGCCCCCCGCCGCCGCCGCCCCCGGGGGCGGCCCCCCCGAGCCUGCGGCGCAGCAGCCGGGGCCCGGCUCCCAGCGGGGCAGCUUCAACAGCGAGGACAUCUGUGGCUACAUCGACCGCAGCUUCGCCUUCUGGAAGGAGAAGGAGGCCGAGAUGUUCAGCUUCGGGGACUGAGGCGGGCGGGCGGGCGGGCAGCCCCCUCCGGGGAGCGGGGGGGG